AUGGUUCAUCCGAUGCAUCUAGUGCAGGGAUCUGACUUUGCCAUCAAUGUGGAAUCGCCUGAAAUAGUACUCCAUGGCUCUAUUGAGGAAUCUGCAGGAGUCAUCUUACGGGGAUCAGUUGUACUCAACUGUACAGAGACUACAAAGAUUAGGUCUAUUUCACUCAAAUUCCAAGGAAAAGCCAAAGUUCAUUGGUCAGAAGGGUCCCACCAACACCACUACAAAGAAGAAAAAGUAAUCAUUGAACACGACUGGCAUUUUUUGCAACCAACUCGCAAGUCCUAUCAUUUGUCAGAAGGGCACUACAAAUGGGACUUUGAGUUACCUCUGCCUGGAGAUUUACCAGAGACCGUUGACCACCAGAUGGGUUCGGUUUACUACACACUAAAAGCAGUUGCAGAACGCCCAACAUUCUCUUUAAACUACACCGAUAAGAAGAAGCUCACAGUAACUCGUGUACUGUUACCUUCGUCGCUAGAAUUGACUCAGUCGGUGGCUAUUUCAAACGUGUGGACGGACAAGCUGAGCUAUGAUAUUAGCCUGCCUGGUAAAGUAUUUUCCACAGGUGCAACCAUUCCCAUCACAUUUGAAUUUGUGCCUAUCGCAGAAGAUCUCAAGGUUCGGUCCAUCACAUGUUCAUUGAAAGAAUACACCACACUUUCUUCUGAAGAUCACAAAAGGACCGAGGGAAAAGUUCUUCGAACUAUCAAGGACAACCUGUCUGUCUCGCUAGAUGGCCUGUGGACAAAGACCGAAAAUCUAGUAUUGGACCACGGAUCGCCUCAUAUCUUGACUGAUUCACACAGUGAACUGAUUCGAAUUAAACACAAGUUAAAGUUUACUGUUGCUCUUGUCAAUGCUGAUGGUCACAUAUCUGAACUAAGGGCUGCUGUGGCUAUUAUUUUGGCCCCAAUAAGUCCAGAUGAAGAUAUAAAUUGGUUACCUGCUUAUGAAGAUGCUUGGAAAUCAGCUCCAUAUGAUCCAAGUACUCUUGAAGAAAUGGUGGAUAGAGGACAGCUACCUCCAUCUGUCGCUUACACCCUGCCAAAUGCUGCUGCAAGUCAAGCCCACACCUCUAUUGCAUCUGAGGAUUCUGAAGAAUUAGGAGACUUGCCCUCUCUCCCGUGGCAGGGAAUAGAUCUCUCUCGUGUACCGUCCUACACGACGGCCAUUCAUUCUAGACGGCUCUAUAGUUUUUCGGGUUCAUUACCGACCUAUGACUCUGUGUCUGUACCAGGCAGUAGAUCCUAA